AUGCAUCAAAUGCCAUCUCUGGGCAUUUGUCGUCAUCAUCAUCCAUCUGCUAGAGAGAAGACUCUCCAUCAGCUUGGCUCGUGUGGAAGACACACGUCAACGUCGACGGGCGCGCCGUCCCUCCCGCGCUGCUCCCAGGCCGGGCCCGCCGCGUGCCGCCCCCGGAGGCGCCGCUCCAUCACCUGCGGGCAGCGGCAGCCCCUGCAGAGAGGCGGCACCCCGUCUGAGGCCUGCAGCAGCGGGGCCGCGUGGGCUCCUCGUAAACCCCUAAGUGAACCCGUGGGUCUCCGUGUCUUUGCCCUGUGCCUCUGCCCCCGCCCAAAGAAGCCUCGCUGUUUUUAUGGGGUGAUCUGUCUGCCCGUGGCAGACUGCAGCUGCGGUGUCCCUGAGCGCCGCCCUCCCCACCGGCUCUGGGCCUGCUUUGGACGCGAGGGUAACGCACACAGCAGCGGCUCUUUGCGGUUGAACGGUAUUAAAGGGACUGAUCGAGGUGGAUGCAGUGGUCCCCGUCAGAUGUGUGCCAAAUUGAAAUGCCAGCAGCUGUGUGAGCAGCGGGAUAAUCGUAUCUGCUGCUUCUCUCUUCCAAGUCCUGGCAUUCCCAUUUCAGCAAUGGUGUGUCCAUGCUCAGCUCUGCGGGAGGAAAUCCAUUGACCGAAGCCAUGCUGACGCCUGGGGGAUGCGGUUACAUGUUCAUCAGUCACCUGUCUGACUGUGGACCCACUGGGUAGGGCGCUGGUGACUUAAUGCGUUGUUUUGUUUAUGGGGAUGUGAAAAGACAUAAGAGAACUCUGAUGGUUGAUCAUUUUUGUUGUUUCUUAUUUUUUUUCUUAUUUUUUUUUCUUUUUUCUGUCUGAAUGGAGAAACAGCCAGAACUGUGCAGUGGUGUUCACCUUUAGCUUUCAAAAUAUUUAGAAGAUUCACUUAAUGUCAAAAUAAUCAUUUAAAAAGAGAGCUGGGGGGGAAAAAAAAAAAGAAAUCCAAGAAAGAAAUGACGAAAAGAGGCUUACCCAGAAGCUUGCAAAUCGUCAGCUGGCUGAAUUUAUAUAAACUUUUGGGAAAUAUAGGAAAAUGGGACAAGGCGUCAGAUGGUUGGGUAAGAUUGAUGUAUUUAAUAGUUCAGUUAAUAUGGAUCAACAUCUGCAUUCUGUUACAUCUGCAUAAGCGCCUAACUUCAGUAGAGUUGUGCUGUUGGAACUGAAUUUGGACCAGUGUUUUUAAAUAGGCCCUGGUGCAGAAUCUCUGCCGAGAGCUCAGUGCUGCUGUGCCCGGUGGCGCUGCAGAGAGGGGGUAAUGCAAUCUGUUAGUGUUUCUCCUGUAAUUUUUAAAACAACGUUGAGAAGUAAUAUAUUUUUUUAUAAUAGGGUGCUCCCUGUCUCUUUAAGUAACUGUCAGAUGUAUGAUGUCCUCGUGCCAAAAUGCUACGGUCUGCUCCCUCUGAGCAAUUGUUAAUUAAAUCCAUCCCUUAUUGUAGAGCCUGCCUAGUCUCUUACCCGUUCUGCUUAUCUGUGACACCAGAUGAUGCUCGGUAAUUCAUGGCCAACGUGCUCCCACCUUCAGCAGGGCCUCCUGUGCACUGACCUUAGCCAGCUUCACCUUUUCCUUAUUCCCAAAGAGAAUGCAACCCUGGAGGCAGCAGUUUUUAUCAACUUCUCCUCCUGACCAGAUGAAGGCUCAGUGAUAAAUAAACAUCCUCCCACCCACCACAGCUCCCCAGCCCUCACUG